AUGUCCUUUUUUUCCUGCUUUCUUCUUAUACUCUAUGUAAAAUUGUUAAUUCUUCCCUCUUUUCAUUUAUAUCCGUUCUUUCCUAAUCAACCAUUAAGAUUUCCUCUCAACCCAGAGUCAGUUUUGCUUCUCAAUAGAAGCCAUUCUUAUGAUAACGACAUCAUGCCGACUAUUGUCAAACAACAAGCCGCCAACAAUUCGGUCGCCACAGAAUCGACUUCACAGCACCAUUCUCUUGCUUCUUUCAACCUGUCCUACUUUACGACACAAGAUGUCUACUACUUCUUUUUUUUUUACUCCAUUUUCUCUCAUCAUUUUGUCAUCUUUCUUUUUUUCUUGUCAACUCCAUCUGUUACCCAUUUUCUCAUCUGUCAAUGUAUUUUAUCUUUCUUUCUUUCAUCUAUCUCUCUUCCUGUUUCUAUCUCUCCACCUAUAGUCUUUCUUUCUUUCUUCAUAUCUAUCUAUCUAUCUAUCUAUCUAUCUAUCUAUCUAUCUAUCUAUCUAUCUAUCUCGUUUAUUCUGUGCAUGAUCAAAAUAUCUCUCUCUAUCUAUCUAUCUAUCUUACAUCCGUCUUUCAUUUAG